UUUAUUUAUUUUUUCGUACAAGUAUUUGGAAAUCCGUUGGAUUAAUUGAGUCGCAAUAAAUACUUAAAAAUAUUAUUUAAUUAUUAAUUAAUACUCGGUAAUGCCAUGUUAAUUAAUGAAAGAACCAAUAAACUUAUCAACUCCAUUCGUGAAGUUAAAAUUGAUGGGAGAAUGGCGCUUGUAUCAUUGUAUGAUGAUCUUCCUCAUUUUGAGUAUGACCUCACAAUUAACAAUUUGGAAAAUUCCAUAAAAAAACUUAAAAAUCUUAUUCAAGAAUUAAAUCAACAAGUUAAAAAAUUAGAAAAUGAAAAUUCAUGUUUUAAAUCACUUAAUUUAAUAUUAUCAAAAAAUAUUUCAUCAUUAUAUAAAACUGCUAAAUAUGAAAUUCAAAGAAAAGACAAAAUAAUUGAAGAACUUCGUAAAAGUAAAAUGUAUGCAACUGCAACAUCAAAAAUGUUUUCUUAUAGCAAUAGUUUGCCAUUAGAAAAAAUGCAGAACAAUCAGUAUUCCAAUAAAAAUAAUGAUAUAGAACAUGUUAUCACAGUUACUGAGAAAUCUAACAUACUCAAUGAAAAUAAUAAAGAUAAUUUAACAAAUGUCUUAAUUCAGCCUAAUUAUAAUAUUCCAAAAACAGUCUAUAACACAAGAUUGUGUAAAAAAUUAGUUCAACAAAAUCAAAUUAAUGAAUCCAAAAAUAAGGUGCCAAUAAGCAUUCAAAGUAAUAAUAUUAUAUCUACUGGUAAAAAUACACAAGAUAAAAAUGAAAAAUUAAAUAAUGAUAAAAAUGUAAUAAAAGGAAUGGUAACUCCCUCUAUUCACAAUGAUUUAGAAAAUAAUCCUAACUCUACAUUAAUAAUUUGUAAAUCUGAUUCAACCUCAAAUGAUUGUUUAUAUAACACCACUCCAAUUAAUCAAUUUGAAAAUUCAGAGAAAGAGAAAGAAAAUGUUUCUACAGAAUCAUUUUUUACUUCACUAAAACAACCAAUUAAAAUUAAAAAGAAAAUGGUCAUAGCUCCCGCCACUAUUGGUGUGCCAAAUACGCUCAAUGAAAACUUAAGCAAAAGCAGAAAUUUGGUAAGAGAAACUAUUGCUGAAGAAAAAUAUACGGAAGAAAAUAAUUAUACAAAACUAAAUGAUGUAAGGAAAUCUUCACAUGAAAUUUGUACUAGUCCAUCUGCUAAUAAGGAACUUAAUUCUUCUACAAGGAUUGUAAAAUGUUUGUCUUUGAGUAAUGAAAUAAAAUCACCUUUUUUAACCAAACAGAAAAGUAAUCAAUUGGAAUGUAAGUCACCUACCAUUAACCAUGUUAAUAAUUCAACAGAAUCUAUCCAGCUAAAUAAUUCUGUUGAACAUAAAGAUAAAUCUUCUAGACAAAGUCUACCUGACCAAACAGGUAUACCAUCUACAAAUAUUGAAGUUGAACAGGUUCCAUUUAGAAGAAAAACCAUAUUUAUAGGAAUGGAUAAUACAAAAACUAAUGUUAUAAGAAAAUCUUCACAUAAAGCUUGUACUAGUUCAUCUGUUAACAAGGAAUUUAAUGCUUCUCCGAGUAAUGAAAUAAAAUCACCUAUUUCAUACAAACAGAAAAAUAGUCAAUUGGAAUCUAAAUCAUUUAAUAUUAUCAAAGUUAAUAAUUCAAAAGAAUCUAUCAAGCUAACUGAUUCUGUUGACGAUUCUUCUAAAGUUAAAUCUUCUAGACCAAGUUUACCUGACCAAACAAGUAUACCAUCUACAAACAUUGAAGUUGAACAGGUACCAUUUAAAAGAAAAACCAUAGUUAAAGAAAUGGAUAAUAAUACAAAACUAAAUGAUGUGAAAAAAUCUUCACAUGAAACUUGUACUAGUCCAUCUGUUGAUAAGAAAUUUAAUAUUUCUACAAGGGUUGUAAAAUGUUUGUCUUUAAGUAAUGAAAUAAAAUCACCUAUUUCAUCAAAAAAGAAAAAUAGUCAAUUUGAAUGUAAGUCACCUACCAUUAACCAUGUUAAUAAUUCAACAGAAUCUAUCCAGCUAAAUAAUUCUGUUGAACAUAAAGAUAAAUCUUCUAGACAAAGUCUACCUGACCAAACAGGUAUACCAUCUACAAAUAUUGAAGUUGAACAGGUUCCAUUUAGAAGAAAAACCAUAUUUAUAGGAAUGGAUAAUACAAAAACUAAUGUUAUAAGAAAAUCUUCACAUAAAGCUUGUACUAGUUCAUCUGUUAACAAGGAAUUUAAUGCUUCUCCGAGUAAUGAAAUAAAAUCACCUAUUUCAUACAAACAGAAAAAUAGUCAAUUGGAAUCUAAAUCAUUUAAUAUUAUCAAAGUUAAUAAUUCAAAAGAAUCUAUCAAGCUAACUGAUUCUGUUGACGAUUCUUCUAAAGUUAAAUCUUCUAGACCAAGUUUACCUGACCAAACAAGUAUACCAUCUACAAACAUUGAAGUUGAACAGGUACCAUUUAAAAGAAAAACCAUAGUUAAAGAAAUGGAUAAUAAUACAAAACUAAAUGAUGUGAAAAAAUCUUCACAUGAAACUUGUACUAGUCCAUCUGUUGAUAAGAAAUUUAAUAUUUCUACAAGGGUUGUAAAAUGUUUGUCUUUAAGUAAUGAAAUAAAAUCACCUAUUUCAUCAAAAAAGAAAAAUAGUCAAUUUGAAUGUAAGUCACCUACCAUUAACCAUGUUAAUAAUUCAACAGAAUCUAUCCAGCUAAAUUGAAGUUGAACAGGUACCAUUUAAAAGAAAAACUGUAGUAAAAGGAAAGGAUAAUAAUACAAAACUGAACGAUGUAGGAAAAUCUUUACAUAAAACUUGUACAACUCCAACCAAUUACAAGGAAUAUAGUUCUUCUACAAGUAUUGUAAAAUCUUUGUCUCCAAGUAUUGACAUAAAAUCACCUAUUUCAUCCAAACAGAAAAAUAGUCAAUCUAAAUCACCUAACAUUAUCCAUGUUAAUAAUUCAAUAGAAUCUAUCCAGCUAAAUGAUUCUGUUGAACAUUCUUCUAAAGAAAUAUCUACUAAAAUAAGUAUACCAUCUAUAAAUAUUGAGGUUGAACAAGGGUCAAUAUUUAGAUGUUCAGGUGCAAGAAAAGUAAUAAAACAUUCAAGGCCUGAUGAUAAUAAACAAGAAACAAAAAAAGGAAAACAUGUACAGUUAAUAACUAUUCAGGAUCAUUUCUCACAACCAUUCCCCAGUUUUUAUGGUGCUAAAAAAAUUGAUAUUGAUGUUAGUAAAAACUCAAUUCAUAUAGAAAAAGUAGUUGAAAGUAGCAGUCUUUUUUAUGUGCCAUUAGUUAAACGGCGAAGAACUAUGAACUUUGGCAAUGCCGAUUCAUGAAUUACCUUUAAAUAAUUUAUAAAAAAUAUUAUUUUUAAUACUCAUAGUAUUUCUAAUGUUUUUAUUUUAUAAAA